AGAAAGAGAUAGGUACUGCAAUCUGUUCAUAGGCAUUUGACACUUUCAGAAUUCCAUUGAUCCUGAUCUUUUAGUGACUCAGAAAAACAAGAAAACUUUGUUUGAAAUCGAGAGGAAAUUAAUAGAAAUUCAAACAUCUUAAAAUGGAUCUAGCACGACUACCUAAUGACAAGAAACUUCAACUUUGUAAAUGGUACUUUAAAGUGGGAUGUCUGCUGCUACCGUUCGUGUGGGCGGUGAACGCGAUCUGGUUCUUCAAAGAAGCUUUCAUAAAGCCUCCGUAUGAUGAACAAAAGCAGAUUAAGAAAUAUGUACUAAUGAGUGCAGCGGGCGCAAUCGCUUGGAUCGCUGUGUUUGCCGUCUGGAUCACAAUAUUCCAACUGCAGAGGGUAUCGUGGGGCUCCACAGGAGACGCUCUCUCGUUCAUCGUGCCCCUCGGACGAGCUUAGAUUUAGUUAGAGGCUUAUAUGACAAUAAUAUGGAGUCUGGUUGCACAACUGCUAAAUACAAAUAAAAUAAAUGGAUUAAAUUAGAUAAAAGUUGUGGUGGCUUAGUGGGUAAAACACCAACCUCUCAAGUAUGAGGGUGUGGGUUCGAUUCCAGGGCAGGCGAGAAUCAAGGUAACUUUUCUAAGAUUGUAUGUACUGUCUAUCUUGGGCACCAAUUACUGAUUAUAAGGUGAAGGAAAAAAUCUUGAGGAAACCUGAACUAUACAGUCUGAAAUAUAUAGAUAGAUACAUUAUUCUUUAUUGUACGCUAAGAAAAUGAACAACACAGGGAAUCACGACACAAUAAGAAGAGUACAAUUGGCGGUCAAACAGCAGCAAUCAAAAUAAACAGAAAUCACCAUUGUUCAUUCAGAUUAUCCAAGUUACUGUGUUGUGGAGGUCAGAUAGACAGUCAAUGCUGAUGUAUUUAGUGAGUUGUGCAAUCAGACCUAACUUUAAGUAAGUUUUAUUAUAAUUACCUGACUGGGAAUCAAACCUAGAUCUCCACGGUUACAUUCGAAGCUUAAACUUGCUGAAUUAAUUAUUUAUAUAGCUUUAUAUUUAGAUAAUAUUCAUCACACUAAAAAAAUGCUGUUAAAAUUGAAAUAGUACUUAAUGUCUAUUGAAAAUUGGAAAGUAUGCUAAUUUUAUAAAGAGUUUGUUUGGUCGAACAUACUAAUCUCAAGAAAUAGUCCGACUUCUGUAGGCUACUCGUUAUACAGGUGCGCAGAGCAGCACCAACUGAAAAUUGCAUUGUUUAUGGUUCCGUACCCAAAGGGUAAAACGGGACCCUAUUGUUUUCGCUCCUCUGUCCGUCCGUCUGUCACCAGGCUGUAUCUCAUGAACCGUGAUAGUUAAAGAGUUGAAAUUUUCACAGAUGUAUUUCUGUUGCCGCUAUAAUAACAAAUACUGAAAUCUAGAAUUAAAUAAAUAUUUUGAGGGGCUCCCAUACGACAAUCGUGAUUUUUUGUCCAUUUUAUAAAUAAUGGGAUGGAACCCUUCGUGCGCGAGUCCGACUCGCACUUGGCCGGUUUUUUUAAUUUAUAUUAGAUUAGACACUACCAAACAAACUCAGUUUAAUAAUAUUAGUAUAGAUAUAAAUAAAUUAUAGACAUUUAGUUCUAUCUAGCUCUCACACUUAGGCCCAUAGGUCAGGCUUUUGACAAUAUAAAACUUUUUAGACAAAAUGUAAUAAUAAUACUUAGCCCUUUUAUAUCGCAAACUAAUUGUAAGUAAUUUAAGUUGUUAUUAAUGAAAUAAAACAAGUUAAUAAUA